AUGGCAUCUUCAUCCAGCUCCGGCGCUCAGGACACGAGCUACGUCGAAAUGAACGACAAAAACGACGCCACCUUGAUUGGCAAGCACUGCGAGUACGACUACUGCAACCAGCUCGACUUCCUCCCCUUCCUCUGCCAGUCCUGCCGCAAGACAUACUGCCUCGACCACCGAACCGAGACUGCACACAAAUGCGCCAAGGCUGGCGAGUGGGCCGAGCGCAAGCGACUUGCGCAGCUGGCACAACCCUCCGUUGGCGCUGGCAAGACCCUACGGGACAAGGUGUCGCAGAAGCCCUGCGCCUCGCCAUCCUGCAACACCACCGUAGGGACAUCACUCACCCCCGGUGUACACUGCUCGAUAUGUAAUCGCGACUACUGCCUGAAACACCGACUGCAGGAGGACCAUGACUGCAAGAACCUGAUUCCAAUAGGCGCCCGGCCGGUGCAAAUAGACAUUGUGGCCCAGAGGACGAAGUCGGCCUUUGAAAGACUGAAAGCCUGGGGGUCGAGCAAGAAAGAGCAAGCGGGUCGAGCACUACCCAAGCCAAAGCCCAGUUCUGCGGCUGCGAGACUCGUAGCUGUCAACAACCUGAAGAAAACGGCCAAGGGCGAUGCCAAGGUUGCACCGGAGAAGCGCAUUUACCUGUUUGUCGAAGCAGAGGCCGAGACAGCGAAGGCCAAGUUUCCCAAGGGAGAGUUCUUCUACAGUCAAGAAUGGGUGGUCGGGCGUGUGCUUGACGCUGCGGCAAGGAGCCUCCAGGUCCAGAACAUCAACAACCAAAGCUCCAACGAGCUCGACAAGCUACGGGUCUUCCAUGUGGAAGGUGGGAGACUGCUGGAAUUCAAUGAGAAAGUCGGCGCAUCCUUGCAGAGUGGUAAUACCAUUGUUCUUCUUCGAGGCGUGGGACCGCCAGCUGAUCUGAUUGACGUAUGA